GAAAGAAAGAAAAGGAAAAAAAGGAGCCGAGAAAACCGAGAGAGAUUCAUAAAGGAGAAAGGGCGGCCGAAUCCCAGCAAGUGGCCGCUUCAUCCUUUUGCGCCCUCCCGGCGCCGCCAUCGCCGCCGCCUCCUCUGCUGCUCCUCCGCCGGAUUUUCCGGUAGCCGAAAAAUCGGCAGAGAGAGGGAGAAUCUGGAGAAGAAAUUGACUGUUAAAGAGCGCUAACAAAAACUGCUGCGGAGGGAAAUCUGUGUUCCGCCGCCUUCCGGAGCGACUGCUCACCGUCUUUCACUCAUUUCUAAGUGAAGAAACCGGUCUCGGUCGUCGGCAAAGGGAGAAAUCGCGUGACGCUACGUUCGCCGCCGUCCUUAACUGCUCUCCGGUAGUAACAAGAGCCGUAUUGCCGAUUUCUCCGUCAGUUCGUGGUUCAUUUCUUCCGUCAUCGUCUUCUCCGAACGCUCAGAAUCUCGGAUUCAGCUAUGGAUUCAUCGCCGCGGCAGCAAUGCAGCAAACAAGAAGAUGAAAGGCCUGUGGCAGGUGGAGUCGGAUCUGAUUCCAUCUCAGGUUUAACCAACAAUGGCAGGAAAAUCUCUCGUCACGAUGUCAAGAUGGUUCAGAAUUUGAUAGAGAGGUGUCUGCAACUGUAUAUGAAUAAGAACGAUGUGGUGAAUACACUCUUGGAGCAGGCUAGAAUCGAGCCUGGGUUCACAAGCCUAGUAUGGCAGAAGCUGGAACAAGAAAAUGUGGAAUUUUUCAAGGCCUACAACGUGAGGCUGACGCUGAAAGAACAAAUUGAUCGGUUCAACCAGUUACUCAUGCGACAAUGCCAGCUAAUGCACUAUCCUGCUUCUCAGGAUUUUCCUUCUCAUCAGAAUGGGGAUGCCCAAGUGCCUGUUACUGGUUUGCCCGCAGAACCUAGCAUCUUGCAACAGCAGUCUGGGAUUUCAUCAAUGAGUCAUCCCCAGAUGCAUCAAGUGAGCAGUCUGUCUGACUGCCCAGUGGUGAACGGUUUCCCUGCUUCAGGAAGUUUCCACCAAUUGCACCUGAAUGCCAGUAGAGAGAUGAUAAUGGAUGGAAAUACAACAGUGACAGCAAUUCCCCUCAACCAGUCAUUGGAGUCCGAGGUGGGCGGAGUUCCUGCAUCCAAUGGCCGAUUCUCUCUCGGCUCAGUUGAGAUGGCUGGAUUCUCAAAUCUGGAUUAUUUGCCACCAAACGCGUCAUACAAUAUGAUGCCUCCUCAUUUGCAAGAUGGUGCUGAAGGCGGUUGUGAUUAUCGCGGGAUGCCUGUCCAUUCUUUCCCACAUAUUCCCUGGAACUUGAGCUUCCCAGAUCUGGGCGCGGACUUGGCAAGUAUUGGAGAUCACGGUCAAAUGGAGAACUACUCGGGCUCAGACAUACUACUCGAUUCAGCAGACGAAGAGAAUGACAUGGUUAAAGAGUUCUUCGUGGAUUCUGUUCCUCCCUCGAGCCCUCAGAUUGAAGAGAAACCUGACGUCGGGGCUCUAUAGAAUGCAGUAGUGUUAACAGUAGGCAGCAGCAGCAGGCAGUGUGACGUUAGCCUUACUCUACUCGCACAAUUUUUUGAAUGGGCAGCCUCAUCAGAACAGCUCUAUAGUCUAUAGAAUGGCUGCUAUAAUAUCGGGUAGCUCUUUGUUUACAUCCUUCCCCCCGGAAGCUAAGGUGGGUUUCCGAAGCCCAUUUAUUGGGCUUCCUAUAAACUGUAGGGCCUUUCCUUUUAAGGUAUUGGGUUUCUGGAGGCCCAAAUUAUUAUAAUGUAUUCACAAACCUCUGUGAAGAAAACCUCAGUUUGACAGAUGUCCAUUGGGCUCAGUAGCCCAUCUGCUCAUUCAAGCAUCAAGCAAAUUCUUG